AUGAAAAUAUAGAACUUUUACAUUAAUAAAAAUAUAUUAUUAACAGGUGUUACCGGAUUUUUAGGUAAAGUGAUUUUCGAAAAAUAUCUUAGAGCGCUUCCAUAAGUUGGAAAAAUAUAUUUACUUAUACGUUCCUUAAAAGGAUCGACAAUAUAGGAAAGAUUUAAUAAAACAGUUAUGGAUUCUGAAAUAUUUGAAACACUAAAAAGAAGAUAUGGUGAAUAGUUUACUAGUUAUGUAUAAGAAAAAGUCCAUUUAAUACAAGGUGAUUUACUCUAAGAAGGUCUAGGCUUAUCGACUGAAGAUAGAAGUAUUCUAAUAUAAAAUUUAGAUUUAAUAAUAAACUGUGCAGCAUCGGUAGAUUUCAACGCUAAACUUACAAAUGCAAUUUAAAUGAAUGUACGUGGGACUUUACGUAUUUUUGAUUUGGCAAAGAGUUGUCAAAAUUUAAAUCAAUUUAUACAUGUUUCAACUGCCUAUGUAAACAGUGACAAACGAGGAUGGAUUGAGGAAGAAAUUUACGAUAUAAACUAAAAUACAGAAUAAUUAAUGAAUGAUCUAGAAGCUUUACCUGAAUAAGAAAUGCUUACAUAAACCAAAACAAUAUUAGGAUAAUAUCCAAACACUUAUGUAUUUACAAAAUCUGCAGUAGAAAGAAUACUUAAGAAAUUAAAACCUCCUUAAAUGACUUUAACGAUAAUUCGACCUUCGAUAAUAGGUUCUUCAGUGGAAUAGCCAACCCAAGGUUGGGUAGAAGGGGUAACAGCUGCUUCUGCAAUUUUCAUAUUGAGUGCAAUUGGAAUGCUCACUCAUAUACAUUGUGAUGCACAAAAAAUAGGAGAUAUUAUUCCUGUAGAUUGCGUUUCUGAUUAAAUAAUUGUCGUAGGUGCUUUAUUUUCUAAUAAUUAAAAAUUAAAUGUUUUUCAUUCUGCAACUUCUUCAAUUAAUCCAAUGACAUGGGGUCUUUCAUUUAAAGUUGGGAAGAAUUAUUAUUUACAUAAUCCUCCUGAGAAAAAAAUAUAAACUAUAAAGUUGCAGCUAAUGACUAAUUAGAAAUUAUUAAAAUUUCAUUAAAUAAAGAGAAGAUUAGAAGCGUUUUCUCUAGUAAAAUUCGCAUAAUAUUUUGGUGAUAAAAAUUAAUAAAAAAAAGCAAAUUCAUAUUAAAAAAUGGUUUAUAAAUCAGAAGAAGUAAGUGCUCUUUUUAGUCAUUUUUGCUCUAAUGAAUGGAUUUUUAAUAAUAGUAAAAUCAUUCCUUUGAGAAAUUAAUUAAGCCCAGAGGAAUAAAAAAUGUUCUUUUUGGAUUAUUCCAAUAUUAAUUGGGAAUAGUAUUUACUUAUGUUUUCUUGGGGUUUACGUAGAUUUAUUCUUAAUGAAUAAGUUGAACCUCCUACCAAAAAUAUUCUCUAAGAAUCAUAUUAUUUCUCUGAUAUUAAUUGGGUUCUUUCACAUAGUCCUCCUAUUAAAAUAAGGCCUUAAAGUGAAUAUUAAAUUCUAGUUCUUAAUUCUCAAUAAGUUUAAAGCGCUAUUUAAUAGGUAAUUGAAGAAAGAACGUUAAAUGAAGGUUAUUCAGCACAAUUAGUUGAUUAAAUUAACUAAUAAGCAAUAAAUAUAAUAAAGGAAAUGUUUUCUUCAUAUAAUCCCACUUGGAUAAAAAUUACAGCUUGGUUUUUGCAUAAAAUAUUUAAAAAAAUAUAUGAAAAAAUAUGUAUUAAUGAAGAAUAAUUCUCUUCUUUAUUAAAUCACGACUCUUCAAUUCAUGGGCCAUUAAUUAUAAUACCUACUCAUAAAUCAUUUAUAGAUUCAUUAUUAGUAUCUUAUUUGUUUUUUGCUUAUAAAAUGCGCUCUCCCCAUAUACUUACUCAUUAAAAUAGUUUGUUAUAAAAGCCAAUUCUAAUUCAUAUUUUGAGAGCUUUUGGGACUUUUUUUUUAAGGAAAAAGCAAUCAAAAAAAUCUGAAAAAAUUUAUUCAGCUGUAUUCUAAUAAUAUAUUUUAUAGUUAUUAAUGGAUGAUACUCCUUUGGAAUUUUUUAUUGAAAAUAGUAGAUCAAGAAAUGGAAAAAUAAAUAAAAUCGAUAAUAGUUUUAUUAGUGUAGUUUUCGAUGCAGUUAAAAAUGGGAAGAUAAAAGAAGCUACGAUUUUACCGAUAACACUUAAUUAUGAAAAGGUUUUCGAAGCUGAUUUUCUUCCAUUUGAUUUUUCAGGAGAUAAUUAAGAUAAUAUGCCUAAUUUAAUCCAAUAUUUAAAAUCUUUUAAAAAUAAUUAUGGAAGAAUUUAUGUUAAUAUAUGUUCUCCUAUUUCUGUUUAAAAACACUAGUCUUUAAGUAUUUAAGAUAUAAGUUAAUUAAUCACUUUUUAAUUGAGUUCUUAAUUAGUUUGUAUGCCUACUGGUAUUGUUUCUGCGCUUUUAUUAAGUAAUAGAAAAGGGUUGAGAGAAUAAUAAUUACUUGAAAAAAUAUAUUGGUUAAAUUCUAAAAUACUUUAAAGAAAAGGAAAAAUAUCUAUACCUAAUGAUAAAUCUGGAGCAAUAAUAACUUUAAGGACAGGAAUGAAUUUAUUAUAAAAUUCAAUAGUGAAGAAUAAAAAAGAUCCCUUUGAAUUAAAAGAAGUAAAACCAGUAAAUUCUUUCACAAGUUUAUUAACUUUAAAUUAUUACAGAAAUUCAAUAUUUCAUGUAUUUUGUACUGAAGCAGUAUUUUCGGUUGCUUUGAUGUCUUUUGGGAAUCAAAUGGCCUUUCAAGAGGGAAUUCUAGCCCAAAAAAUAUGGAAAGAGUAUUAUUUUUUAUUAAAUUUGUUAUAAAAGGAAUAUAUUUUAAAUGAAACCAUAACUAAUAUAUCAGAAUUUGAGUAGUAGUAUAUACCUAAAAUGAUUGAAUUGGAAAUUAUAAAACUUUAAGAUAAUAAAGUUUAUGUUAUUGAUCAAGAAUAAAUAAUUUUCAAUUGUAAUUUUAUUUGGCCAAUUUUAGAAACUUAUUGGCUUGUAACAGUUUAUAUAUAUCCUUUAUCAAGAUAUAAAAAUAAAAAUAUUCCGGUUUAAACUUUCUAUUAAUAAAUUUAAGUUUUUGGUGAAAAUAUGCAUGACGAAAGGAUAAUUUAAUUCCAUGAAAGUUGCUAAAUUGAUAAUAUUAAGAAUGGAAUUGAUAAAUUUGUUUAAGAAAAAUAUUUGGAAAUUGAAUAAAGUGAUAAUAAUAAUGAAGUAUUUAUUAAAUGUAAAAUUUCUAAUGAGUAGAUUGAAAAAAUUGAAGAAUCUAUUUAUAGAUUUAUGAAAAAAAAUUUACUUUAAACUAAUUCUGUUACUGAAUUAGCUAAAAAGGCUAUUUUUGCUGAUUAUCCUAUUAUUUCUAAAUUAUGA